CUUUUCCCUGCUUCUGCAAGCAAACAAUAGCUUGGGUAACAUGGGUCAGUUGCGAUCUCGUAACGGCUGCCUUACGUGCCGAGAACGUCGCGUCAAAUGUGAUGAGACGAGACCGACUUGCGGACUGUGCCUCAAGAGGGACCGACUGUGCCGUUGGGACGAUUCAUCCCCUCAGCUCAAGAUUAAGCGAUACCGGCCAAAGCAAAUGGAACAUCCGGUCCAUGGUGAACAUUCCUUACAUCCUCCGGAGGGAGAUAAUCCAUCGGCGGAAGGGCCCUCAUCACUACUCAACUCUCUACAGCAGCCGGAUUCAAUUUGGUGCCCCGAGAAUCGGACGUCGCCGCCUUCAGCUGCUUCCAUCUUCGACCUUAGUGAACGUGAAUCUCCAAACCAGUACAGUGGUGGCUCUCCCAUGAGCGUACCUAGGAUAACCCCUGUCCCUCCUGCGCUUCAACGCCAGGAGGCUUUCUAUCUACACCACUUUUCCACGCACGUGGCUCGGUGGCUAGACUGUACGGAUGCAUCACGACAGUUUACGCUUAAUGUGACUGUCCUGGCCAAGAGCACACCCAUUCUUCUAUAUGCUAUCAUUUCUUAUGCCGCUCGCCAUUUAGGUGAUAACAAUACAGCUGAUGAAUUCCAAGACAAGUGUAUAGUGCUUCUCAUUCCCUUGCUAAGUACCGAGACCAUUGCCCACGACGAGACUAUCCUCUGCGCCAUAGUCAUAUUGCGCGUAUGCGAACAACUGAGUGUAACUGUGACGGGCGGUGAUCAGGAGAGACAUCUUGCUGGGUUGAGUGCUUUGCUCAAGGCAUCUCAAGGACAACAAGUAGAUCCCUCGGCACCUACCCUCUCUCAAGCUGCGUUUUGGGUUUAUGUAAGACAAUCCUUUUACAACGCCUGCAUCAAUCAGCAGCCGCCCAAUUUGAAUUUCGACUUGGUGUUGAUGCCACCACCACCCGUCGUCCAUGAACAAGCUGUCGAUGUCAAGUCAGAGACUGCCUGGGCAAAUACCAUGACAUGGAUUUGCGCUACAGUGAUGCAUUUCUGUUUUAGUGGAAGUUUCUUGUACUCAGAAUCAUCGACAAGGAUGCAAAGAUGGUACGAGCUGUCCGAGGCCGUUGAGAACUGGAACAAGACGAAGCCGAGUACUUUUAAUCCAAUAUGGUCUGGGGCACCAGAGCUGGGAGCAGGUCCCUUUCCAGAGAUUUGGUUUACAGCAGAUUGGCAUGUUAUGGCAUUUGGAUUCUACCACCUAGCUAGGAUGCUUUUAAAGGUCUACCGUCCAUCUCCGCGAUUUGCCAUUCGAAAUGCCCGCCGAACCCUGGCGGAAUCUGAUGAGUCUGUCAUGGAGCACGCCCGAGCCCUUUGUGGAGCAUGCAAAGGCUCGCCGGGAACUGUGCCAUCCCUCAUCACAUUAUGCCACUCUACAUUUAUUUGGGGUCCCUUGAUGACAGAUGAGCGAGAGCAAACAAGCCUGGUAAGCAUGCUUGAGGAUCUCGAGGGAUCGCAUGCCUGGCCAACUGCCUGGAUAAUCAAUGUUUUGCGAGAGGAGUGGUCAAAAUGCUAGUAGUAUAUUAUCUGUCUCAGACGCCGUCGCUGAAUGAUAUCACGGCAUGUUUCCCAUCCCUAACCCAUCUCAUCCCGGGUGCCUCCCGGUUAAGUUUCUUGACAGCCUCCUCACUUUC